GUCCGUGUCCGUGCAUCGUGACAACAUGGCACAGCACUUGUCACAUCGAUCAGCUUCGAGAUAUGCAACUAUCGCAGUCUUCCUGUGCUUGCUCCGAGCCUUGAGGUCGUUCGAUUCCACGUCCAGCAGAGAUUUGAAUAUUCUGCUGUCGCGUUUGACCUUUGGCCGCCGGUCGGCCCACGCCCAUCCUGACACAACUCUCCGGGCUCUCCAGGACUUCGCAGGGGAGGAUGGCAGCUUCACACAUUGCCACGGGUAGACUGAAACUAUGCUGUCAUGUGUGCGGAAGCCAAGGAAGGCGCCUGAAAGUAUGCAUCAAUUGAAGUCCUUUGGCGCUAACAGGUCCCCUCCAAGAUCUCUCCUCCACCCACACUCAUCCACAACAUCCUCUGCCUGCUCGGCACGACCGACAUUCGGCAGGUCGCGCGGCCUGUCGCGCUGGACGCUCCUUUGUUGUGUCGACAGCGCGCUGGCAUCGUCAUCUCAAAGCUCACUGGCAAUGGGGCUCUCGAAGGCCGCGUCAGGGGGGCUUCAUCCAAACAUUCUAGCGUCGUGAUUCGCACAUAUCUCGUAUCCAAGCUUUACCCACUCGCCGCAAGCGAGACUGGACACUAUCCUCAUAGCCAAGCUCACCGCACUCUUCAAUCACCUGCCCCAUCCUAUCCUCCGCCUCAUCUUCAUCCGCAACUCACGCCUAUGAACCCGACAGAAAAGAGCGUAAUGGGCGCGCAGGCCAGCAGAUCUUGGAUCUCGUCGUCGCAAAGGCAAACCACCUUAACCCUGGAUCUUUAUCAAUCAUCCUCUGCGAAGAUGGUGCAGUCUCCGCAUCGUCGCACCGGGUGGGAUCUGGGUUCCGACCAGGGCACCUGCCCUUCAUCCGCCUCCCCUCGGCUAGUUCAUAUCUGGGAUACUCCCUUCGCGUGCCCGCUGUGCUUAGAGCUUCUUCUGCUGGCCCUCGCAUUGCUCGCUUGGCACGUCUUUGCUGCUUUUUGGCGCCUCUCGUGGGCGGUGCUCGUCUCACCGAUGCUGAUCCUGCAUGCUGGGUACCGCUACGUCUUACGCCUUCCCUGGGACGACGUGAAGCGCCUUCAGGCGGAUGCCAACCAGGAGUUGGGCAUGGAUUGGACUUCGUUUGAGCUCGUCACGAUAGAGAACCCCGCGCAGGAGAACGCACUGCUGUUUGCGGUGCUGGCUCAUCGUACAAGGACCAACUUUAACACUGCAUGGCUGUGACUGAUGUAGCGGUACUGCGAACUUGGGACAGCAGCCCUGAGACGAUUCAGGGACUGGUCGAGCUCGAGGCAUUCCGAUGUCGUUAAUCUCUGCACUGAACUUUCCGAUGCAUGUGUCUACCAUCAGGCUCGAUACUCCAGGAGCUGUAUCCCAAACGGGGCUCGUCAAUCUGUCGCGCCGGCACUCACAUUCCUUCCGAUUGGUCAGAGUGUGCUUGGAUCUCAGGAGUCAGGACUGCGGUGAGCCGAUCUCUCAGCUGUCCUCGCACGUAAGAAGCAUCGAGAACGCGAUCGAUCGUCCGUUGCUGGAUGAUCUAACCCCUCUGUCGAUCGGUUGGGGGACUUACGCAUAGCCACCUGGUGCUCCCGCAGGACCAGUCAUGUUAGAUAGACUGAGAUAGUCUAAUCGCACUCAGGCUUCGGCCAGCAUUCAA